AUGUAAGUCCCAUGAUACCCUACACUAACCUUAAUACGUCUCUCGUUAAUGUUCGCAUAGAGGUUCAGUGAGUCUUCAUUUGAUGUUCUUUCUAGGAAAACUAAUUUUUCCGUACUACAUUCAACAUUCCUUUGAAACCAGCCGUAUUUUCAUGGAAAUAUGCUAUAUACUGCUUGGCUAUUCGAGUUCUUGGUACUGGGAUCGUUUUUUUCAGAAAUCGAUGCUUUUCAGCCAGAAUUUGCUGAACCUAUCGUUAAUUUGACCAUUCCUGUAGGGAGAGAUGCGACAUUUCGAUGCCUUGUACAAAACUUAGGAGGAUAUAGGGUUGGUUGGGUGAAAGCAGAUACGAAAGCAAUACAAGCGAUACAUGAUCACGUGAUAACGCAUAAUUCUAGAGUAUCUGUAUCACAUAACGACCAUACCACUUGGAACUUGCAUUUGAAAAAUGUUCAAGAGGAGGAUAGAGGCCAAUAUAUGUGCCAGAUCAACACAGAUCCGAUGAAAAGUCAGCUUGGAACACUUGAUGUCGUAGUACCUCCAGAUUUUAUUGCCGAAGAAACUUCUGGAGAUGUUAUCGUGGCUGAAGGAGGUAUGGUUCGAUUGACUUGUAAAGCAAAAGGUCACCCAAUUCCUGACGUGCAGUGGCGUAGGGAGGAUGGUAAAGACAUCGUUUUGAGAACACCUACAGGAACAAAGACCAGAGUGGUGGUGUACCAAGGAGAAGUGCUCAGAUUGAUCAAGAUUUCAAGAGCUGAAAUGGGUGCUUACAUGUGCAUAGCGACAAAUGGAGUACCUCCAACCGUCAGUAAACGAAUCAUAGUUAACGUUCACUUCCAUCCUGUGAUUCACGUUCCAAAUCAAUUAGUGGGCUCUCCAAUCGGAACCGACGUUUCAUUGGAGUGCCACAUCGAAGCCUUUCCCAAAUCCAUCAAUUACUGGAUCAGGGACACAGGAGAGAUGGUAGUAAGCAGCUACAAGUACGAUGUUCAGACAACGAGUAAGUUGCCAUUCGAGGUGAAAAUGACGGUAAAAAUACGAAAUCUGCAGAAAGAAGAUGCUGGUUCGUAUAGAUGCAUCGCUAAGAAUUCCUUAGGUGAAGUUGAGAGUAAUAUAAGAUUAUAUGAUAUUCCUGGUCCUACAAGGACAUACCUCAACGUGGAUGAGGAGGACUACAACGACCAAGUAGGAUCUGCGGAAUUUGAUCAAGACGAUAUGUCGAAUAAUAUAUUAGAAAUAGGGCGACCGUCUAUCUUGACCACUAUAACUACAUCUCGUGGACUUCACGAGAAAAAAAUAGGAAACCACGUACCAACAGAUCUACCAAUGAACAGUUCUUUUCAUGUUACGUCGAGUUUACUAACAUUCAUAAUUUUGUUAUUCAGAAUAUGACAAAAUCCUAAAUUGAUGAUCAAUCAAUAAUGACAAUAAUGUUUGAAUACCUACCUUAAUUGCUAAAUGAUGUUAAUGUUUCUGAUCUAAUUGUUUACACUUUUAUGGAGUUUUAUUAAUCUUCUUUUGAUGUAUGUCAGUUCACUCGUCGUAUGUCAUGCAUUUUCUUCCAUGUGAUUUUAAUGUAUCAACUAUAAUCUCUUUUUGACAAUGGUGGGUUCUGGAGAAUAGCUAGAAGUAUUGAAACGACUUUUUGCUCAAUACUGAGAUUGCUAGAAAUGCUGGUGUGUCCAAUGAUUGAAUGUUGUUUCAGUCAUCUCAGACGGCGUGAUCUCGAGAUUGGCCAAACUUUACUCUCAUUCAGUAGAUAGUGGUUAUAUACGGAGUGUACUAGAAAUAGUGGUUCAUAAUUAAACAUCGUUCAAAACAUUAUUUCUUAAAGAAUAGCCCUUAAGAUGUAUUUUAUUUAUUUUCACCGGAACCAACUCAACAAAAAUCAUGAAAGUAAGUGCUAAUGGUAACAAUAUGCGAAAUAACUUGAGUUUGGCCAAUCUUUGAAUCAGGAAUAAUCACAACAAAGUGAGAUAUUGAACUUUUUGAAGUUUUAGUUGUGAUUUAUCAAAUCCUAAUUGAAAAUAAAAGAGAUCAAAUGGAACAUAAUAUCGAACACUGAGAAGCAAUGAAAAUAUCGUAAUGAGAAGUUAGUGAAUUUGCUUGCAUCGAGUCGAAGGCCUUUUUGGUUUUGAAGAUGUUUGGUAUUAUUGAAAUUUCAUAAUUUACACUGCGUGUUAAUUUUGCUGAUCUAUGGUUUUAUGGUGUACUGAAUGAGAUAUAAGGCUGUAUUCUUGUUAUUAUUCGAAUCCCUGUUGAAAAAAAAUACAUGUUUUUUAAAUAGGAGCACCAUCAUCAUCAAUUGACGGAAGAUUUUGUUUAUGGCAAAGACUUGGAUGUUAACAUCCGAAUUCAUCAAUUAUUUUAAAUUAAAAGUGUUACAUGUUACUCAUAAUUUGCUGACCCAUUUUUAUUUGAAAGAAUGCUUAUGGUAUUUCUGAAUUGAUACGAAAUAUUUUGAAAGGAGAUUCACCAAGAACUUUGCUUUCUUCAAUGUGUUUUAUUGAAGUCCAUGAACUUUCAAUAUCAGGUAAGCGUUUAAAAUAAAUUACUAGCGCAUAUCUAUUUAUAUACUUACUCUGAUUUCCAAUCAUUUCCAUUUCAAAUAAUAACUCUUCAGUGUUAGUUUCUCGUAUCGAUUCAGAAAGAGUGUUGAUUCCUUUCAAAUUCAUAAAAUUUCACAAAUUUAUCCAUCUGCGCAUUUACUUUAAACUCGAACACAGAUUGAUAAAUAUCAAUUUCAAAAUUUUAAAAGAAUUCGAAUAAAAUUUGACCAAAAUGAGGAAGGAAAUAAAAAAAUUUUAAAUAUAUAAAAAUAGUUAUAUUUGAAUAAUUAUCUCAAUUCUUCCCCCGAUAUCUCUAAAUCAAGAUGAUCACCAAAACAUUAACGACGUUUGAAAUAUCCCAACAGAUAAGAAUAAAAAAAAAUAUUCACUUAUAAUUUCUUUCAUUCCCAGACUUGGUAUAAAAAUAAUGUACAACAUGAUUUUAGUAAAUUUUUCAUAUCUAUAGAUUGAAUUCUUCAUUAAAAAAAAUAAGAAAUAUAAGCUCGCUGAGUGUCAUUAUUUUUGUACCAAUAUGAAGAAAAAUUUCGAGCUAUAUCAUUCUAUGGAAUAAUUGAUUCCGAGAGAUUCUAUAAAAAAAAUUUGUUUUAUCAAUUCGAACUUUCGAAGUCGAUUGUCUUCCAGAAAAAUAUUCACCCUCAAAAAUGUUAAUUAAAAUUGUUAGUCCUUUAUUAGACUUUAUAUUCGGAAAAAAUUUUUCGUUAAUAAAGAGGAUAUAUGAGAAGAAUGCUUUAAAAUUGUUUUGUUGAAAUGAGAUUUGUAUCUUAUGUUAAAUACUCUGAGGAGAAACUUGUAAAUAAAAUCAUCAAAAGUGUAAUUUGAAUCAUAUUGAAUAAAGUUUGUGAUGAAAA